CCCACAGCACAAGAGAAAAAACAGCCAGCGGAAGCAAACUGAUCGUGCAGCUCCUCUGCUACGCCUCAACACCAACACAACCAUGAGGCCCGGAGCAGAGUUCUUGGCCGUGAGCCACCUCGCAGGGGCGCCGACGGCGACGCCGGCGCCGCACUCGGCGUGGCAGUCGCCCGUGCCGUACCUCUUCGGCGGGCUGGCGGCGAUGCUGGGCCUCAUCGCCUUCGCGCUGCUCAUCCUGGCCUGCUCCUACUGGAAGCUCUCCGGGUUCCUCGACGGCGGCUCCGGCGGCCAGGCGGCGGGGGACGCCGACGGGGAGAAGGGCUCGGCGUCCGGCGCGUCCAAGCCGGCCCCGGAUUUCCAGGAGCACGUGGUGGUCAUCAUGGCCGGCGACGAGCGGCCCACGUUCCUCGCCAAGCCGGUCACCAGCCGGGCCGCCGAGGCGGAGCUCACGGCCGCGGCGGCUCCUGAAGCGAGCGCGAGAGCCGGCGACGACGACGGGCAGGAGAAGACGGCGGACGAGCAGGGCAGCGAGGCGAGCUCGCAGGCCGGCGCGGACGCGGCGAGCCGGAGCCGUGAUCACCACGAAGACGCGGCGGGCCAGAGCCGCGACCAUGAUGACCACGACACGGCGAGCCACCACCACCACCACCAUUUGUUCGUCCCAGCUUUCCCUUUUUCCCGGGCAGCUUUUCCUCUCUCCCCUCCCCAUCUUCUCCUCCCGUCCGUCCCGGUGCUGCUAGUGCUAGAUUUAGGCUGGAGCGUGUAGUAGAUUCAUGGCGUGAUUGGUCCGGUCCAAAAGAAAAAUCAAUGGAGAUGCAUAUGAGAAACUUGCGGAAACUUGUGAGUUUUGGCAAUCGAAAGCCACUUUGCCUCCCUGAAUCUCCGGAACAAGAUCA